CCCCAAAAAUUCCUCAAAAUAGACCCACUUCUUCUCUCUUUCAAAAUUUCAGGUUCAGACAAAAUUCCCAUUAGCAGCCUUACUAGACCACCACCCACAUUACAUCUCAUUAUUCUCUCUCUCUCUCUCUCUUUCUUUCAUUUUCUAUCCUCCAGAAAAAAGGAACCCUCCCCCCUACCCUCACCUUCACCUCCGCCGUCUCCGGCACUGCCAAAUACACUUACUUUUCCCUUAUUCUUACAGAAGAAAACAAAAAAAAAAAAAGUUUUAAGUUUUAUUAUUUUACUUUUUCUAAACCUUUUCCAAGAUUUCAAAAAAGGAUUUUUUUUUUCUUUCUUUCUUGUAAAUUCUGCAGUUUUCUUUUUUAUUGCUGAAAGUUAGUUAUGGAGCUGCCUGAGAAUCUUAAUAAGGAUAGUAACGGCUAUGAAUCGGCUGAGAAGAUAAUCCUACGGUGGGAUUCAACCGCAUCGGAGGACGCAAGGGAGAGAAUGAUCUUUGAAACGGACCGUCAAGAAGCCGAUCUUUACCUACAAGCCGUCGAUGAAAUCCAACGUUCCUUAUCCAACGUAUCAAUCUCAACCUCUUCAAACGCCGGCAAGAACGCUAACGCCGUCGAUGACCAGUCAAAAGUCAACACCACGAUCCAGAUCGCCAUGGCUCGUCUCGAAGACGAGUUCCGCAACAUCCUUAUCACUCAUUCCUCCGCUUUGGAAACUGAUUCCCUUUUCGAUCCGUCGUCGUCCUCAAUUUCAACGCCUUCUCACCACGAACUCGAAGAAGAUGAUACCUUAAGCAACGACGAUAGCAGUCACCACGAUCUCCUUCAGCUUCAGCUUCAACACUGUGAAUCCUCGGAUAGCUCGACUUACCGAUCUACGAGCAGUAUCCGUGAAGUGGAUCUGAUGCCGUCCGAAGCGAUUUGCGAUUUGCAAGCGAUUGCGAUGAGGAUGAUCUCGUCUGGCUACUUACGCGAGUGUAUUCAAGUGUACGGGAGCGUAAGGAAAUCGGCCAUCGACUCGAGUUUUAGGAAACUCGGAAUCGAGAAACUUAGCAUCGGAGACGUCCAGAGGCUUGAAUGGGAAGCUUUGGAGAGUAAAAUCCGGCGUUGGAUUCGAGCUGCCAAAGUUUGCGUCAGGAUAUUGUUUGCCAGCGAGAAGAAGCUUUGCGAGCAAAUCUUUGAGUGUGUUGGAACGGAUAUUGACGAUGCUUGUUUCAUGGAAACGGUUAAAGGGCCUGCAAUACAGUUAUUUAACUUCGCGGAAGCCAUAAGUAUAAGUAGGAGAUCUCCUGAAAAGCUUUUCAAGAUACUUGAUUUACAUGAUGCGUUGAUGGACUUGUUGCCCGAUAUUGAGGCGGUUUUCGAUUCGAAGUCAUCUGAUUCGAUUCGAGUUCAGGCUGCCGAGAUUUUAUCCAGGUUAGCUGAGGCUGCUCGAGGGAUAUUGUCCGAAUUCGAAAGCGCGGUUUUAAGAGAGCCCUCUAGAGUGCCUGUCCCUGGUGGAACCAUCCACCCUUUGACUAGGUAUGUCAUGAACUAUAUCAGUUUGAUAUCUGAUUAUAAGCAGACUUUAAUUGAGCUUAUAAUGUCGAAACCAUCUUCGGGUUCGAGGUAUUCUGGUGAUCAAACAACCCCGGAUAUGGAGUUUGCUGAGUUGGAAGGGAAAACUCCUUUGGCUUUGCAUUUGAUUUGGAUUAUAGUCGUUUUGCAAUUCAAUUUAGAUGGGAAGUCUAAGCAUUAUAGAGAUGCUUCAUUGGCACAUUUGUUUAUUAUGAAUAAUGUUCAUUAUAUUGUUCAAAAGGUUAAAGGGUCACCCGAGUUGAGGGAAAUGAUUGGAGAUGAUUAUUUGAGGAAGUUAACAGGGAAGUUUAGGCAGGCGGCAACGAGUUAUCAGAGAGCUACCUGGGUGAGUGUUUUGUAUUGUUUGAGGGAUGAAGGGUUGCAUGUGAGUGGGAGUUUUUCUUCUGGGGUGUCAAAAAGUGCAUUGAGAGAAAGGUUUAAGACUUUCAAUGCUAUGUUUGAGGAGGUUCAUAGGACUCAAGCAACAUGGUUGAUACCCGAUACUCAGCUCAGGGAGGAACUAAGGAUUUCUAUAUCCGAGAAGUUGAUCCCAGCUUAUAGGUCAUUUCUUGGGCGUUUCAGGAGCCAUAUAGAGAGUGGAAGGCACCCAGAGAAUUACAUCAAAUAUUCAGUCGAAGACUUGGAAACGGCUGUCUUGGAUUUCUUUGAGGGAUACCCUGUAUCCCAGCACUUGAGGAAGAGAUCUCAGUGAAAGGAGUGAUCUGAGGGUAUUUGGGCAAAAUGGUGCUUUGCCGGACAUGGGGCUGCCCUCAGCUCUCCAAUUUGAUUGAAUAAGAUCUGAUCUUGUUGCUUCCUUGACCGUGGAAUUGGAGCCUGAAUGCUUUCUGCACUGUAAGCAUUAUGUUGGUUUGUUACCACAUUCUAGAUUUUGUUCCAUUUGUUCAUAUGGUUAUUGUUGUAUUUGUAAUUUAGAAUUUUGUAUGUGUGUUUGCUUUUACUAUUAUUAAUGAUAUGAAGAAGCUUUUUUUAUAGGCACUGCUUUUGAAGUUGGGCAUCCUUGGCUGUUCCUUAAGUUAAAAUUCCCUGUAUAGAUGGAAUAAAAUACAGGGGCCAAUUACAGUUUAGUUCAAUGGGGAAAAUUGGACCAUCGUGGGACUGGGACAAUAACAACAACAUGACCUCAAAUCAAGUGUAUCAGAAGCAUCAAAGAAGGUUCUUUUUCUAAGUCACUCUGUCUUGUCUUCUUCCAAAUCACCAUUCGAUGCUCCAUUGUGGCCCUGCACUGGUCUAGCCUCUGCUGCAGUUUUAAAAUCUUUCAUCGUUGUUGAAGAGGGUUUUAUGAGUGUCAAAGUAGUAUCAUCUUUAUCGAAAUCUUCAUUUGCUUCAUCAGAGAAAGCGUACCUUUUAAGACCAGAACAACCGAUUAACAUACAAGUGCUCAAGUCUAUAUAGACAUCUCAGAGUUGCUAGAGGGUGUUGGAAUGUGCAAAAAACACUUGAUAAAUGAACUAUAUCAUAAAAAGGGGUUGCAGGAAGUGAAAGCUUAGAGUUCAACGAGAUAGAUCUUACCGCAUCGAAUUUUGAGAAGGCGCCCAAAGAACACAGAUGACACAUAGUAGAGAGAAAGAUAAGACUUGCCAAAAGGCUGGGAUGAUCCAGGCAUUCUGCCACUGCUCGUUGUAAACAUCAUUCAACUUGAAAUAAAGCUGAAAAUUACAGAGUUACAGAAGUUGUGAGAUGUGACAACAAUAAAGCUGAAAAUUACAGAGUUACAGAAGUUGUGAGAUGUGACAACAAUGCCAUUUCUAAAAUGUUUUUACUUUUUCCUCAACUGUACACUGUGGCUUCUCAUUACGCCAUCUCAUACUUCCUAAUUGUAGCAUGUUCUUUACUUUCUUGUAUAUUAUAUGCUGGACUUAAGUUUGUUAAUAAAGCAUCCAAAAGAAAGCAUCAAAGAAUAA